AUGCUUUCCAAUCGAGAUUACGCCAUUUUUGAAAAGAAGGGAGCUCAACGACGACGAUGGAUGGAGAAUCCCAGUGAACCGGGCUGUUAUAUCCCCAGAGCCAAGAUGUCCCUUUCGGACGUAAUGGAUACCUACGAGAUGGACGCCCCAGAAACCGUUAGAGGAAUUACGUUGAAACCCCUUUCUAAUCCUAGCGAGGGUCCCGAAUUGCAGCAGUUUCAAUCUUUCCGCUGGGUUCACCAAGAAAUGCGAUUUGACGGAUAUGCAACACCCAAUUCUCUGACCAUAGAGAUGAUCCGUAAGCCUGCCGACUCCUACUUUGAGUUGCCGCUGAUUUCCGAGGUCGCGAAGGCCCUCUAUGAGGACUCCUUUGCUCUUGAUGGACUUGAGCAUAUCUUCGUCCACAAUAUCCAUAACCACGAGACCAGGACCUGCCUUGAAAAUUAUAUACUGCCUAAUCACCCACCGGUGCCAGUUCCAGGUAGCUUGACCUUGAACAGGCUUGAAUCUGAUGCCAUUCUGGGUAGUCGUAUCGGAAAAGUGGUUGCAUAUUUCGUUUUGGGCGCAUUUGAGCGCGGAACUCGGCGUAUUGAGCGCAUUGUCUUUUUUCGAGAUAAGGACGGGCGACAUUUGAGAUUUGAUCUUGAGAGAAUCUGA